UCAGAGGCUGUCCACGUUUUAUUUCCAAAUCGCUGAACAUCGUUUAACUCUAACAGCUGUCGAAAUGUUUGGAUAAGUCCGGACCAGUCGGGGAGGUUGGAGGUCUACUUUGCGGGGUUUCAGGUGUUCCCAGAAUGAAACACUGACAGAUCCUGAAGGUUUCUGGGCUCGCCUCGGUGCUCACCUUUACUUCCAGCCUCGCUGACUCUCUUCUUUUCCCCCAGCCGGUCGCAUCCCUCCAUCAAAGGAAUGAGCGCGGAGGAGCAGGACCGGCUGCGCUCCCUCUUCCACACCUACGACGUGGACAACUCCGGCCGGAUCGAGAGAAAUGAGUUUCUCACCAUCUGCGCGGAGCUGCAGGUGUCCGCGGGCGAGGCCGAGCGGAUAUUCAACCGGCUGGACGCGGACGGCGACGGGACCGUCACCCUGCUGGAGUUCAUCAGCGGCUUCCACGACCGCUACGGAGAGCUGACGGAGUCGGACGGGGGGGACGUGUCUGCCGGCUGGGAGAACUUCAAGAGGAAACUGGGCGAGCAAGCCAAGUUCAUCCCCAGGAAUGAACAAGCAGCCACGUUGUACCAGAACAUCAGCCUGACUGAGCCCAGACUGAUACCCCAGCUCGAGAAAGUCAUCAUAAACUUCACCAAAGAGAUCAAACAGCAGAACUCAGAGAUGGAGAACCUGGCCCUCGCUAUCAGACGAGCGCAGGACCAAGCAUCAAUGCAGCUCAGCGAAAUGGACGAGGAGAUGGAGCAACGCAUUCAUGCCGCGGAGAGGAAAACACGAGAGCAGGAGAAGAAGAAAGCAGAAGCCGCGCUGAGUGAGUUACGAAGAAGCUACGAAACUGAAGUGUGUGAGCUGCAGUGUAAGAUCCAGAGGAUGCAGAUGAUAGAGGAGAAGUACAAGAACAUCACCGUGAAGGACGAGAGCCCAGCUUUGAAGAAGAAGAUCAACGAGCUGACGCUGGAGAACCAGCGGUUAAAACAGGAUCUGAUGAAGUCUCAGACCAAAGUGGCCUGUCUGCACAGUGAGAUGGACUCGCUGAAGACAGAGCUAACGGAUCAGAGCAUCAGCUCGGAACGAGACGAGGAGCUCAUGAAACACUUCUCUGAUGAGCGAGACAUCCUGGAGAGCCAGAUCGAGAUCCUGCAGACAGCCAACAGAAAGCUCCAUGACAGCAACGAUGGCUUGAGGGCUGCUCUGGAGAGGAUCACCAGGUCUGGUAAUGGUGGCACACCAGGAGAAAUAAAGGACAGAAGCAGAAGUAAAAGCAUCUGCUACACGUCACCUUAUGCAUUAAUGGAUAGGUUCUGCCAGCGUAUGGAUGACUUCCCUCCAUACAGCCGCCGGCCCAGCUGCGACACUCUGGCCUUGGCCAUGUGUGACCCAGGCCUGAGGCGCAGACACAGCAGCGAGUGCGAGGAGGACAGCCUGCCUGAGAUCUACAUGGACAGCGGCCUGUCCACUCUCAGAGGUUCACAUGGAGGCUACGACUCAGAGCAAGAGGUCAAAGGUCAAGAAGAGGAGGAGGAAGAGAAGAAGAAAAGGGAGGAUGACAACAAUGAUAGCAUGAUGGGAGAAAACUCUGACACUGAGCCAGCAGAGACGCAGGACGGCGAAUCAGCAUUCGGGUCAGACAGCAGCUCAGUUUUGGACUGGAAGCCAUCUGAAUCUAUUAGUGUGACCAAGCCCCCUGCCCCAACUACAAGAAAAGCCCUCAGUGCCAUCAGUGUUCAGAAGGAGGACAAGGACAGUGACCUGGGCUACAUGACGUCAGAGAAGGCCUACAGGAUCGUGCUGGCUGGCGAUGCCGCCGUGGGAAAGUCCAGCUUCCUGCUUCGCCUCUGCAAGAAUGAAUUCAAAUUAAACUCCAGCGCCACACUGGGAGUGGAUUUCCAGAUGAAGACACUCGUCGUGGAUGGAGAGCCUGUUUUGCUACAACUGUGGGACACAGCAGGACAAGAGAGGUUUCGCAGCAUUGCAAAGUCUUAUUUCCGGCGGGCGGACGGCGUGCUGCUGCUGUACGACGUCACCUGUGAGAGGAGCUUCCUGAACGUCAGAGAGUGGGUGGACAUGAUCGAGGAUGUGUCCCAGGAGGAUAUUCCCAUCAUGCUCGUGGGUAAUAAGUGUGAUCUUAGACAAGAUGGAGUUAACUCUGUUCCUACCAGCUAUGGCGAAAAGCUGGCCAUGACAUACAACACUCUGUUCUGUGAAACUAGUGCCAAAGAUGGUGCCAACAUCCUGGAGGCAGUGCUACACCUGGCCAGGCAGGUAACAAAACAGGCGACUUUUGAUGAAAAAACUCACUGUCAGUCGCUGCCCAGCUUAGAUGCUCCCAGAAAAAAGCCAAACUUCUCCUGCUGCAACUGAUCAAACUCAUCAGAGCUGGGCCUCCACAUCUGACUCAAUGUGAACUCAGCACAGGUGGGAAAAGGACUACAAACGCAGAACUGAGAUAGAAUCUCUGCAGCAACGGGAACAAAUCAUCAUUGAGAAUAACCAAGACGAUUUUUCCAGGUUAUUUAAACAUGAUGCAUUAAGCUGCAUUUCAGACUCAGCUUGAAGUCUUGCUGUAUUUCAUGAAUUUGAGAAAGUCUGUCUAAACUUGCCAUGUGAAAGGAAUGUUCAUUUUUUUUAUUAUACAAUUACACUUAUUUGCACUUACACUUAUUUGGUAUGAUUUGUACAGUUUGUUCAGACUGGCACAGCUAUGUUAUGAAGAUACUCCAGAGUAGACAGCUGUGAAAGUAAAAUGUGAGAGGAGUUAAAAGUGAAGUAUAGAAGCAUGUUAAAGUGACAUUAAUGACACAUAACUGCACGUGAUAGAGGAGGCACAGGGUUCGAUUAUUGUAAUGUAAGAAAGACAAACACGAAUAGAUUCUUAUCCGGUUAUGCAGUUAACUGUGGAAGGUAGAUUUGUACUUCUGAGCUCAGUUAUCAUCAGUGAAAGUGCUGGUUUGAAAUGACAUUUACAGCAUGAUGGUGGCCUGAAAGGAAACAGUUUUUUGUUUGCACCACCAGAAACUCAAACUGUAUUGCAAGUGAACUGCUUUGUUGGAGACGCUGAGAAUUAUGGGAAACUGCUCCAAUGCUCCAUGCUCGUCUUUGCUCGUAUACGAUGAACCCUGGUGCAAUGUAUGAUUGUAUCAGACUUUAUGCUAAUGUCACGACCCACCAUCUUUAUUGUUUUACCUGACAGUGUUAACAUUUCUUUUCAUUUGACCUCCCACUGAGGAUGACUUUGUGUUAUAAAAUGUAUUUUGGAGCCGAGCAUACUUCAGUUUGCUCGAACGCCUGCUGUAACUUCAUUAUCUGGAAUGAGUAAUGAAAAUGAGGUAAGCAUAAAAGAGAGGUGACAGGAAGCAGAGCCCUUAUCUUUAUCCCUCAGAUAAAGUGACUGUGUUUAAAUGUGCACAUGUGACCUUGAGUAUGUCUGAUUAAUAUUUCUUAAUAAUAAUGCCAUAUUAUCCAUAUUAUCAGCCUGCUGGAGGGCAGUGUACAAAGGUGUCAGUAUGCUUCAAAUGAAAUGCUUGCUGGAUUAUCAAGCAGCAUCUGAAAACCCUCUGUCAGUCAGACAGUUUUUCAUCUCCAAACUUCAUUUAUUGAAUUUCAAAACAAAUAGCAGAAAAAAGCAGCUUGUUAAGCUUUAAUUCAGAUUUUGAAUGGAUAAAAAACAGAAAGGGAAUAGCAGAAAGAAACAAAAACAAAAUACACAUGUAAAAAAAGGGGUUUUGACACCAAUAAACACUUCUGUCUCAAGAUGCGUUCAGAUGCCACUCUGUAGAAAAUAGUCCAUUUGAAGCAGAUUGAGUCCUUCAGCCACAUGGGUUACACUCCUGGUUGUGUUUGACUCUCGGUGUCAGACUGUGCCCUUAAUUUUGAGUUAUCUUUGAGUUAUCUGAAUGUGCAUGUAGCAUGGAAACUGUUUCUUUCCACAUAGAUUGAACUUCUUUUGCAUAAAUUUCUUUGCUAAUGUCAUAAGAGGUGCAACUGCAAAGUCGCUGUCUUUGCGGCAAAGGUCUCUCUGCAUCUGUGUUAAAGUCUUUUUGUCAAUAAAAAUGUAAUGUGAAUGCCACAACAUCACAUGAAAACGAAUUAUGUACAAUAUGCAAUACUUCUUGAUAUUUUAACCACAUUUAUCAUCAAAAGCAAAAGUGCACAUCAUGCUGAAUGGUUAGAUUUUUAUGUACUGGAUGUAUCAUGUAUCAUUUUGUGGGAUUAUGCAACCCAUGAUUCCAAACAAAUUGGGACUCUUACUGAUUAAUUAGCACAUGCAGAUUUUAAAUUUUGUAUCUUAAGAUAGA